UGAAGCCAGUGAGGAGCGUGAGACCCGAGGAAGAAGAGACCCGGCGGAGCUUCCUCGAGGAUCAGUCCGUGUCUCAGCGCGUGUCGUCCGGGCAGCAGUAGUCAUGGUUCAGACGUGCUCAGCGUACGGUUGUAAGAACCGCUACAACAAAGACAAAGACAUUUCCUUCCACAAGUUUCCUCUGGCCCGUCCAGAUGUUUGUGGUAAAUGGGUCGCUGCGAUGAGGAGGAACAACUUCAAGCCGACAAAGUACAGCAACAUCUGCUCGCAGCACUUCACCAAAGACUGCUUCAAGAUGGAGUGCAACAACCGAGUGCUGAAAGACAACGCUGUGCCGUCGCUCUUCACCCUCAACCUCAACAUGAAGACUCUGGAGGAUCCCUUUACCUCAGAGAUCCACUUCCCUCUCUCUCUUCCUCUGACGUCUGACCCCGUGGCGGCGGUGAUGGAGGAGCCAGGGAGGAGCCUUCCCGACAUCUGGGGCGACACAGUGUCCGUCUCCUGCGACCACAACUACACGGCGGAGGACUCGGCUCGGCAGAAGAAGCGCAUCGAGCAGCUGGAGGGGCAGGUGGGGAGUCUGAAGAAGAAGCUGAAGACUUUGCAGCAGAAGUGUCGGCGGCAAGAGAUUCAGCUGAAGAGGCUGAAGGCGGCAUGCGUGAAGCCAAAGGCGAGCCACGAGCUGCCGGCGGCAUUCGGAGAGGGAUACGUGAUUUUACCCAAACACAUUUACCACACACUGAAAGGCAGAGAGGGACUCGUGUUGUCGGUUUGAUCUGAUGGCGGUCUGCUGAGUGAGGCAGUGAACCCUCGAGCUGAGAGCUGAAGGAAUCAAGAGUACAGCUCAAACAGGAUGAGGAAAACUGAAAUCUGAUUUGGUGGAUACACCAAACUCCGUUCAUAUCUUAUUUUGUUAUUUAUUUAUUUUGGGUUUGCCCAUUUUUUUUCUCUUUGCGGUGAAAUUACUUUGAAAUUUGUAUUUUGACAUUUUGGGUUUAGUUUUAUCUGAGUUCUGUGCUGACUUUAUUUAUUUAUAUAAAAACAAAAACAGGAGGGUGAUGUGACUCCAUGGAGUCGUCUUUGUCACCACUUGAGAUAAACAAAAGCAAAGGAUAGAAGCAGGGGCGUGUCCAGACUUUUUUGACUUUGAUUUUAACGACAUAAAAACAAUUUGUAUGUUCGAAGUCACAAUUUAAAGGACUUUUAACGUGCAUGCAAACUCCUGCUCAGUCUAACUUGCUACGUUUUGGUCCCGACACAUUGCCAGUUUGUUCCCUGAAAGUAAGACCGAGUGCAUAACUUUAUUUUGCGAUCUGUCUUAUGAAAUAAAUGGUAAACAGACUUGAGCUUGUAAAGUGCUUUUCUAGUCUUCUGACUACUCAAAGCUGUUUUACCCUGCAGGUCACACCUACACAUUCACACCCUGAUGGUAGAGGCUGCUGAGUAAAGUGACCAUCAGAAGUAACUAAUCACAUUCAUAGAUGUUAAUAUGCUGCUGACACAUCGGACAUGUUGCUGCAGGAGCUGGGGAUUGAACCCGAACUUACCGGUUGAGAGACUCUACCAACUGAGCCACAGCCGCCCCUAAGACACCGAAAUGUAAACAAAAAUACCAGCAGCAUUUGCAAACAAAUAACCUAAUAGUUGGUUUAAACAUAAGUCCCUCCUCUGACGGGGCAAAUAGGGCAACUGCAGUUGAGGAUUUUUGGGGUUACAGCUCAGGUGGCCAAUCAGAUCUCUAGGGGGGCCAAUGCCACCCCUCUGGACACGCCCCUGGAUAGAUGGUUAUUCAAUCGUUGUUCUUCAAUAAAAUAUGGAUCCACUAUUUAAUGCCCCCUUAAGACAAAAUCUAAGUUAAUAAAACAUUUUGAUACAGCCUGUUUAUUAGAGACCUUCAGAGUUGAUGGUAGAUUCUUUAUUUGUGUUUUACCAUAAACAAAGCCAGGCUAAACAUAUCCCACUGCUUCAAAGGUGCUCCGAAGAAGUUGGCAUAUGGAGUCAUCAGCUUGUUUCAGCUUGGUGUCUGUAAAUCAGGCUGUGAUGUCUGCUGGUUGAUGAUUCAGAUCAAAGACUCACUGCUGCGGUUCACUGUGUUCCCGCAGACUUUAGCUAACUACUGACUGUGAUUUAAAACAUGGAGAAAUAGCCUGGGUCUCAAAUUUGUCUCAAAUAUCCAGCGAUCAGCGGUGCUCCUGGAUAACUCUGCUAACGAUGCAUUCUGCAGGUGAAACAUGACGCUCUGUGCAGCACCAAGCUGAGACAAAAAAAAUGUCUAGAUUCAAAUUGAACUGGACGGGCAAAAUUCUGAGUGAGGUAGAGCACUACCCUAAUGUUAUCCCACCUCCAGCCCUCUGCACUUAACACACAGAACUCACAGUUAAGUUUCUCUUCUCAGUUAAAUAUUAGAAAAAAAAAUUUCUUCUGUGUUGUUCUCAAAGAUCCUGGUGUUGGAUUUGGGAAUAAAGUUGGACCCAAAAAUGUCUCCCUCUGUGUGUCCUAAUAAUGUUUAAUGGGUUUAAACACCUUAAAAAACAGCUUCUUUUGCAUUUUAAUUUCACAAACAUGCAACAAUGAUCUCUGUGUUUGUGUGUGUGUGCGGCUGAUGUGCAAUAAAUUCAAACAACACUGAAGCCAUCAAGUUUCCCUCGAUGGGAUUAGAGGCGACUAAAAUGUUGUAAAGUCCCUCUAAUCAGUUCAGAGUGGUUUCUCACACUGAAACUUCUUUAAUAUGAAAUAUAACUUUGAAAGAUAACGGCAGAUUUACAGACAAGAAAUGCAAUCCCAUCCAAUUUGAACUUGUGGCUCCAUGACCAGUUCAAUUACCCGCCGUAUAAAGGCUGAAGAUCGUUAGUUGAGUUUAUGUGACUGGAUAUUUAAAAAAAAAAAACACUUGAAGGGGAAAUAAAGGGUGUAAAAACCA